GUUUCCCAGUUUCCCAUCUGCCCAUAACGCUCGAAGAAAACUGGUGGCAACAUCCCACUCCCAUGCAGGUAUCUUCAUCAUUAUCUUAUCUCUCGACAUGAUCAACCGUCUCGUGUCAUGUACGCUGGCCGUUGUGCUUCAUGGGUUGUUGUCGGCCCUGUUGGUGCAACCAGGCAAUGCCUUUGUACCUGCUUUGGUGCCUCCAGCUUCUUCUAAAGCAACGCCACUCUUUGCCGUGGCAAACCCCACUGCGACAGCGGCUCGAGACUUUGUCUUCCAGGGUCACAAGACAUACUCCGAAGUGUACGAGCCUACUGCUGUGAUACCGAAGAAGAAGAAAUGCCAUGUCAUUUUGGUUCAUGGCUUUGGGUGCGGUACCUUGUAUUGGCGCGAAACCAUCCAACUCUUCCAACAAAGUGGCUACACGGUCCAUGCUUUGGACCUGCUAGGACAAGGAAAGUCGGCCAAACCUGGUAGAGCCGACGGAAUCAAUUAUUCCAUUCGAUUGUGGGCACAGCAAGUCGAUGACUAUGCCAGGGCCAACAUUCCACCAUCGAGUUCCAUUGUUGUCAUGGGCAACAGCCUUGGAAGUAUGGUGGCACUGACAGCUGCCACUGGCGAUCAGACAAAUAAUGAUGAUACCAAUGAUGGUUUUAUUCGACAAUCGAUCGGAGGCGUUGGCAUGUACAACUGUGGGGUGGGAAUGAAUUCGAGAAACGUCUUGAGAGAAUUCUCGGGGGUCCAGAAAGUCAUCUUUACGGCAAUCUUUGACCUUUUGGACGCUCUUGUCUUUGGCAAUUUACCUCUACUGACGUAUGUGCUGGACAAUGUUGUGACCCAGGAACUGCUAAAAAAUGCUCUGACCAAUCUCUACCAAUAUGCUACCGAUGUGGAUGAACGCGUCAAUGAUGUUCUCGUGGAUUCCUUUUACUAUCCUGCCAAGGACUCUGGAUCACCGCAAGCGCUCUCUCAGAUCUAUACCAAUGAUCCUGGCGACACGCCCAUGGAAGUCUAUGAGCGACAUUCUAAAUUUUUGUUGGACCGUCAAGUUCCCAUUCAUUUGGUAUGGGGAGAUCAGGAUCCAGUAACACCCUUGGCUGGGUCUGUUGGGACCUUCUUUCAAGCCAUGGCCAACGAAUCAGACAACAACAUUUCCAUGGAUUUGGUCACUGCGGGUCAUAUCCCAUUUGAUGAAGUACCAGAAUCGAAUGAGCUGAUGCUGAAAUGGCUUGACAAUCUUAACGAUGGCACAACAACAACCAGCAAUGGCGGCAACUUCCUCGGCAACGUGAAGCUCCCCUUCUUCCUGUUAUAAGGUUGGAAGUCAUCAGCCUGUUCAAACGGAAUAGUGAAAGAGAUUGUCAUUUGGGGCAAUUUUGGUUACCAAUAUAAUUCUGCUAGCUACGGUAGCCGAUCCGACGAUGCUUAUAUUAUUAUGCGUAAGAAAGUAUGGAUAAAUAUAUGAAUUUGAAUGAAAAGCUGGUCCGUUUCCGGUCCU